GUGCUGCACCUAAAACAGCAGUGUGUUGUCAGUUUAGCAGGAGAAGGUGUUAAUUUAUGUCGUCAUGGAAAACUCUCAUGGCUUGAGAUAGCAACAAAGAGCUGAAUUUUUCUAUUUGAUAUCUUCCUUCUGGGACCUCAGGCUUUCAAAAAUGCAUUACAAAUGGUGCUGGAAGAUAAAAACAUCUUGAAGGUCAUGCAUGACUGCCGCUGGAACUCAGACUGCCCCUUUCACCAGUACAGUGUCCUUCUCUUCAGUGUCUUUGAUACGCAGGUUGCUGAUGCUCUGCAGUUCUCAAUGGCAACAGGAGGCUUCCUUCCGCACCACGUCCGCAUGUUACAGGAGUGUUUGAUGCAGCACUCGAAGAUACCUUCCAAAUGGGAUGCCGUGAUGAAGUGCAGGCAGCAGAUGGCUUCAGAGAAUCCUGACAUAUGGUUCUUGAGACCCUUCCCAGCUUCUCUGCUUAAAGCACUGGCUCUGAAGGCAGUGUACCUUCUGCUGCUCUGCUCAUCUCUAAUGGAUAACUAUUCUGACCUAACAGCUGUAAUACAUGGUUAUUUAAGUGCUUAUCGGACCAGGUCUGGAGAUCGCCUUGGAAGCACAAAG